AUGGAAGCGGCUGCUGUGCACCCCAAGAAAAAGGCUGCUGAUGCUGGAGAACAACAGUCUGCUUCUGUAACGAAGAGCAAGCCCCGCAAAAAGGUUGGUCGAAGCAAGAGCAUGGGUAGCGGAGUGAGGAGAAUCCUGGGCGAGAAAUGGUCGCAACGACUGCAGUCCCAUCUCAAGAACAAACAAGAAAGGGGACCUUCCCAACACCAACCGCAGCAAUCCUCCUCCAAGUUAAUUGUAUCCAGCAGUAGUUGGGCGGAAGAAGUAGGAGAAGGCAGCAAUCCCAAUCUAUUUUUAGAGGAAGAAAUGGGUGAACCUCUCCAAGAUAAUGCUACCAAGGGACAACAGCAACAGCAGCAACAACAACUGCAGUCAUCUACGGGAAGACUGGAUCAGAGUAUCACGGGGGAUCUCUUAUCAGCUGCUUGGCUCUUAUCCCCCAAGAAAAGCUCCAAAAAAGAUCCUUCUGCGAUCAAUAACAGCAACAACAAUUCUACCUCCAAUAUGAUUCACAAUAGUUACAGCAAUCUACAAGACGAGGAGGAGGAAGAAAACGACAACAACACUACUGCUACAACUACUACCAACAACAACAACAACAACAACAACAAGUCCAUUCUACCCUUUUCCGGCGUGGGCAGCAGUUCGACCCUCUUUACGGGCGUCAAUGACUUUCUCAACAUGUCCAGUGGACCCUUGACCAUGUCGUUUGCAAAUGCUAGCUCUGCCGCCACGGCCAACAAGGAGGAGUUUGACGUUGUACGACGACGACCACCGCAACGACAAUCCAGCAGUAGUAACAAUAAUCAAAAGGGACCAUCGCGCUUAUCCGCGAUUUGGGGCAAUCACACCAAAAACGGACGACCGGUAUUGGCGCCCAAAUUGGCCAAACAGUUGACCGACUUUCGGUUACGACGACAACAAGGAAAACCGUACCAAGUUGACGAAGCAGAUGAGGACGGUGAUGAAAUCAGGGAUGGCACGGAACACUUCUCCGUCACGACGGAAAAGCUAUCCGCCCAUACCAUCACGAGUCGUAUGUUGGAUGGUGAUGAUACAUCGAUCUGUUCGGAGGACGAAGACGACGACGAUCCCGCCAAGUCACCCCGUCCAUCUACUACUCCACCGGUCAUUGUCCGACAUCUCCGUUCUUCGUCCACGGGCGAUUUUCGGCACGUGGAAAACCUUCUUUCCAAUCAAAAACAACGAUACGAAAUGAUGAAUGAAAUUGAAAUGCGACGAGAGAAAUUCAAGGACAAGCUGCAGGGCACCAACAACAACAAAAAGAAAAACAAGGAAAGUAUUGCUCCGGAAACGAUUGGUGCCCUCAUGAUGGGUCAGCAUCAGAAUCGAAAUCAUCGUAAUCAUGAUUCAUCCAUGGCGCUGGAUUUUGCACAAGACUUGCACGAGAGUCUCCUCAUGUCGUCCAGUGCCGGGAAUCUCAUGAUGGGAAGUGCCAGCAAGCUCCUCAUGGGGAGUUCCAGUCUCAUGGGGAGCGCCAAUAUUACUCAAAUGGCAAUGGAUCUACACGAAAUGGAUGAACGACUCUCUGUAUUGAACAAUAAGGUGGUCACGAAUACAGGACGACGACCUAGACGGGCUCAAUCCACUUCGGCGGCAGUGUCGCGCUCAUCCAGUUUGCCAGAAGCCCUGGAUUCACUGGGGGCAUUGCCUUCCACCAAGACCAAUAAAAAGAUCAAAAAGAGUUCGAGCAGUGGGCAGCAACCGCAACCACAAGAACAACAAAGCAGCAGCAAUCUAGCCGUGGUGUUGGAUGAUGAUCUCUUUGAUGAUGACGAUUCCGUCUUUUUUGGAAACAAGGCCGGAGGAAAGAAACAGGCUUCAACCAAAAAACGAACUACAACGGGGUCAGCCAGUCUAGCCUCACUUUCAGACGCUACAAAGUCGACAGCAACGAGCAAAUCGAGCGCACCAAUAUUACUACCCAAACCCACGGCCCUACCAAAACUGGGCCGGUCCAGAACGACAUCAUCUGUGGACAACUACCGCAACAAGAAAAUGUCAGCGUCCAUGACAGCGUUCCCUGCCGCUACUAACGUUAGUGCUGUUGCGCAGACAGAGGGGAGCAGCAAUAGCGCUCGGUCGCAGCGAACGACAUCCGUUCGAAGUGAAUGGAGUGGUGGCGGUGGUGGUGGAUCGGCAAGAAGUGAACGCACAAGUCUGUCCGUAGGCAGCAAGAGCAACGGUGUUUUAACGACUCCGGCAACGACAACCAGCGAAGUUUCAACGGGAAACUCCAGUCAUAAUGGUUCAUUGCGCAGUCAGAGAACCGCCGACGACAGCAUCAACCAUGUCAAUCUGACACCAAAACGUGCUGCGUUGAGUCGCAGGGCAACCGUGGGAGUCACUGGUUUUGAAAAGAGCUUCCAAAUCGUCAAUGGAGUAUUGGAUUUUGGCCAAGAUGGCAGUGGCAAAACCGAGGAGGACGAGCAAACAGCCCAUAGCACGGGCAAAUCCCGCAGCAAAAAGAAGGGAAAGAAAGCUGCUAAUGAUGCAACUGCCUUGUUUCAUCAAUCGUUUGCUCUGGAAUCGUUAAUCUCGCCCGCCCGGGGGAAACGAGCCAGUGUCAGCAACAUGUACAAUGUCGCGGCAGAGUUCCCAGCAAACUUGAUGUUGGAAAACAGCUUCUCGUUGCUUAGCACGGUCGAAGAAGUGUCUCGAGACGAAAAGCGACCAGACGAACAACGGCACAGACCGAAACGCCGAAAUAGUUUGCCGACUGGUUCCUCGCACGGCCCUGGUGUUGACUUGAUGAUGUCUCCCAUAGCUGCAAGUUGUAAGCAGAGGGUUGGCAAAGGAGAGACAACGCAAAAACCUCGACGGGGACGCCGAAGUGGUUUAGCGGCAGAAAUGAAAAAAUCUAUCGUUCAGGUCGAUCUUCAAGGAAAGGCUGAGGACAGCGGAAUUCACAAGUCAAGAUCAGGCGCGUCGUUGGCAACGAUGUCCACAACGGAGUCCAAACUAGACGACGAGGACGAUCGCACCUUGGCUACCGCAACCAAAAUGUUAGCCCCGUCAAAGGCCGAUGCUCUGACUAGUACAAGACGCAGAGCCAGUGUGAAGGUUGAACAAGUCAUCAAGUCGGAACCGAAAGAAACGACAGUUGAUAAGAUCAGGAUGAGACGUCGUGCUAGCACUCGAGUUACCAGUUCCACCAACGAAAAAGGAUUGCUAAAGCAGCGCCCUGGAAUUGUAUCCAGAUCUCAGUCCACUCCAGUUGACGCGACAAAACCAUCUUCGAAUGAAACAGUGGAAAGCGUGGUACCUGAUGCCGUACAACGUCGAAAGGAUCGCAGGUCCAGGCGAAACCCAAGUCAAAGCAAAUAUAAACAUGAGGAUGCCUCUUGGAGGCGGACAACUCCUCAAGAAGGUGCAGCGCCAAGUACAGCUCCCAGCGGCGACGCAAGAAAGAGGAGAAGCCUCACGCCUAAUGGAACUCGUAGACGGAGACGUACUACACUCGCUGAGGCGUCCCAACCCAAGACUCCUACUGCGAGAAAAGAAAGAAUUGUGCGUCGGAGUUCCAUUUCGGGUGGCCCUCGUUCUCCUGUUUUCAACGAUCCCACCGUGCCUCGCGUUCGUGGUGCCAGGGGAGGUCCUGGUAUGGAUGAAUCUGCUGCCAGUCAGACAGGUCGGUCAACGCGCCGUAGUGCGCAACCAAGACGGCAGACUAGCAUGGACGAGUCGGCAACCACCAGGAGCGAGAAGAGCGAAGCGGGCGACGACUACGAUGACGAUGAUUCAAUUGAACCCACGCCAAAACCUCAGGAUCCGCCGUGUUUACCUUUGCUCUCUACGAGGUCACGGUCCAAGUCUCCUGAAGUUGGCGUUGCGUCUUCUAGGAGAAGCAUGAAACCUCGACGCCACAGAUCCCGUGAGACCAGUCCCAAAAUGAAGGAGGAAUCAAGGUCGAGACGACAUCGAUCUGACGGUCAUGGCUCCAGAAUGGAUGAAAGCGAUAUUGUUUCUCCAACAGCAAGAAGAAAGACUCGCACGAGGAGGCAUACGGCUCAUGAAGCGCUCAAAGGAGGCGAACAAAAAGCGACAGUACUCUCCCAGGAUGCGUCCGAAGACAUGCAAGGGUCACCUGAGCACAACUACUCAACCUCGAUGGGAAAAGACAUCACCAGGCCUGGGCGAACUAUGGAUAAGAAGCUCAUGGCUGAGCUGUGCAAGUCUCCGAAUAGAGCAAACCGAUUUCGACGGCGAAAAACACACGACGAGGAAUCUGGAGGCGCCAAGGAUGAAAUGCAGAAGUCGCCGAAAACUCCAGGAGGUCGAAGAUCUCGUAGAUCCAAGGGCGACGAUGGAGCCGACGCGAAAGCUGUUGGAAAGUCCCCAUAUCGCCGCCGUCGAACGGAGGUUGUUGAUACCGCAACCCCCCUUAGUAGCAGAUUGCGGCGUGUCAAAACUGUGGACAGUACACUUCCCACCCUUGAUCUUGAUGCGUCGGAAGGAGAGGCGGCCGAAGAAGAAGAAGGUGACAAGCAGCAAGCAAUCACCAGCAAUCCUUUGCUGGAUGGUCUAAGUUUCUAG